AUGUAUGCAGCAGAUAAUGUAAUUAUAGAAGACAACAUCAAUGAAGAAAGAGAUGCUGAAGAAAGAAAUGAAGAUGCUGCUAUAAUAGAUUUUUUCAAAUAUGACAAGGUUGAAAACAUAAGUAGAUGUUUAGUAGGUUAUAUUGUGUUGGACUACAAUGAUGGAUUUUUUUUAUACAAAGCUCAUUCAAGAUCACUUGGUUUCAGUGUCAGAAAAUCAACAAAAAGAAGAGAUACCAAUGAUAAACCAUAUGAGUUUUAUUUUAGAUGCUCUAAAGAAGGACAUACAAAGGGUAAAAUGAAGAUAGUUGGUGAACAACAAUCAGUAGAAAUACCCAUAUUGGUUAAAACUGAUGAAAGAAAGAGAAAAGAAAGGGAGGUAAAUGAAACAAGAACUGGAUGCAAAGGUCAUAUUCGUUUUAAGAAAAAUACAGAAGGUAGAUUUGCUGUUCUUACACAUGAGUUGGAACAUAAUCAUGAACUGGUAAUAACAGUUCAAAGACAUCACUUAAGAUCAGAAAGGCAAAUAUCAGCUCCAAUGGGUGAGCUAAUUGAGAGUGGUAUUAAACCAAUGGAUGCUUAUAAUUAUAUAAGCAAUGAAGCUGGAGGAGAAGAAUGUGUAGGUCAUACUAAGAGAGAUCACCUUAAUUAUGUAUCAAGGGUGAAAAUGAGUAUGGUUGAAGGUGGAUACAUGCAAAAUGUAUUAGACACCCUUCAAGAAAGAGCAGAUCAAGAUCCCUCAUUCUUUUAUAGAUUGAAAUUUGGAGAAGAAAAUAAUGUUGUGAGCUAUUUUUGGCGUGACUCCCAAAUGCUUGAAGAUUUCAAAGCUUAUGGUGAUGUUUUAAUCUUCGAUACAACAUACAGAACAAACAAAUAUGGGUUGAUAUGUGCUCCAUUUGUUGGUAUAAACAAUCACUGGAAAACAACAAUGUUUGGAUGUGCAUUCAUAACUGAUGAAAAGACUGAUACAUUUGUUUGGCUGCUUUCAAUCUUCAAAAAGUCAAUGUGUGGAAUUGAACCAAAAUCAAUCUUCACUGAUCAAGAUCUUGCAAUGAGCAACGCCAUACCAGAGGUGUAUCCAAAUUCAAGACAUAGAUUGUGUCUAUGGCAUUUCCAAAAGAAUUUUGUAUCACACUUUGUAAAUUUAAAAAACAACCCUGAAUUCAAGAAUAUGUUUCACAAGUGCUUAAGUGGCUGUGAUUCAGAAUCAGAAUUCGAAGAUGUCUGGAACAAGAUGGUUCAAAAACAUGGAUUAGAAAAAAAAGAGUGGUUUGAUAGGUUGUUCGGGCUACGAGAAAAAUGGUGCACUGCUUUGAGCAAGGAUAUUUUCUCUGCGGGAAUCCUUUCAUCUCAAAGAGUAGAAGUAACAAACAAAGCAAUUUCAUUUAAGGCCAACAGAACCACUAAACUUUUGGAGUUCUUUCAUAUAUUUGAAGCUACUGAUUUUAAGUUGGAAUUUGAGACCAGCCUAGGAGCAUAUGCAAAGGAAAAGCCAACUUCAAUGCAAUACGUCAAAUUCUUUGAUGUUUCUCUUGAUGAAGAUUAUAUGCACACCUAUCAAGUCAUAUAUCACUGUCAAAACAAUGAAUUUAUGUGUUCUUGUAUGUGCUUCACAGAGACCAGAUUGCUGUGCUUUCACAUUCUCAAGAUAAUGCAAAUGUACAACAUACAUGCUAUACCAGAGAGAUACAUUCUGAAACGCUGGACAAAGCUUGCUAAAUCAAUGAUAUGA